GAGGCUGAUGCUGAGCAUCCAGAGGGAUCUGUGUCUCAGUUUCCCCAGGAAGAGCUGGGUUGAGAGGCUGGCUUGGGGAUCCUAAAGGCAGCCCAGUGUGGUAGCCAGCCCAUCCUCUCCUCUCCAGUCUGCCAUGAAGGAAAUGUUGGCCGGACCCGGCUCCCGAGACAAGAAGUCUGGCCAGUAUCUCCUAGACUCGGAGGAUGACCAAGGGCUGAUUGUCAUCGGCAAUGAAAGUACCUCUGGGCACAGCUGGGGGGGAGACGGAGGGUGGGAGGGCACAGGGGGCCUGCAGACUGCUGGCUUGUCCCCCAGCCAAGCUCCCCCUGGCUCCCCUGACCCUGGGCAGCUCCUUCUGGUUUCUUCUUCCAGUUCCCCUCGUGGAAAGGCCCAAGACACCAAAGCGUGGGGACAGCCGGCCUGCCAGCCCCAGCGGCAAGACAGAGGGCAAAGAGAAGGACGAGACUGCAAGCAGCGACAUGCCCUCCGCUGGGGAAAGUGACAUGGGACAGAGUGACAUGGGACAGAGCAGGGCACGGAGUGCCAUGGCACGGAGGGGCAUGGGACUGAAGGACAUGAGGCGAUCAGGUGACACAGGACAGAAUGACAUGGAACAGAAGGACAUGGGAAGGAGUGUGCAAUGGAGCAACAGAGGACGGGAUAACAUGGGACGGGAUGACAUGAGACAGGAUGACAUGGGACAGAGGGACAUGAGACGAAAGGUGCAAUGGAGCGAUGCAGGAGAGAAUGGCAUGGGACAGAAGGGCAUGGGGAAGAGUGUGCGAUGGAGUGACAGAGGAGGGGAUGACAUGGGAUGGGAUGACAUGGGACGGGAUGAGAUGGGACAGAAGGACAUGGGACAGGAUGACAUGGGACAGAUCAAGAAUGAAGAGAUCGAGAUAGACAUCUCUGAGGUAAAGGCUCUUCCCAGCUCUCUGGACAGUCCCCCUGAGAUGACUGACAUGGGAGAGAUCAAGGAAGAAGAGACCAAGACGAGCAUCUCCAAGGCUCCUCCCCAUGUUCAGACAAAGAGUUCAGAUGGCAGUUUCACCACCUCAGAAAUGCAUCCAAGAGCCCCUGGCAGCCGUGUCCCAGUCCAGCAGGUGCAGUCAGUAGGAGGCCACCCAGGAUCCCAGGACCUCUGGGUCCCAGCUGAGAGCAUGGCUGGGACUAGCAGGAUGCUCCUAAGGGUGCCCUCUUCCGAGUACGCACCUUGUGACCCGCUUGUGAAGAUGUCUGCCCAACGCUCUGAGUUCCUCCCGUCCAUGCCGCCGGCAUUCCCCGGGCUCUCCAUGCGCCUGCCCCAUCUCCGCAGGCAGGAGCAGAGGGAGGAGGCGGCCGACGGCUAUUCCCGCAGAUCGCCGAUGUACUCCGGGGGAAAACACACCAGCGUCAGCGCCGUGCAGCGCAUGGAGCCCCUGCUUCCAGACCCCAACAUGCCUGGCACGUACGAAUUGAUGGGCAAGGAUGGAGUCGUGUACCGGGGCCGGAUUCCCCCGGACUGA